GGUAAAUAAUUAUGCAUCACAGAAGAUGUUCAAAGAGCUUUUCCUGAUGCGGCAAGAUGUUCAGUAGCAGUGGCGAGCACUACGAGUAACACUUUGUAUCGCUGACUUUUGAAGAGGUCACCGCAGUUCAGAAGACUACCUUUUUUUUCCUUUCACAAUCAAUAAAAGUAUUACUGCUCUUCUGUUGUAUCGUCAAGAUCUCCCAUGAUUGUGCUGCCCAUUCGAGGAAGAUAGUUUUUCCAAGGAUGCCGCUUGACUUGUAGCUGUUCACUAGCCACGAUCCUUUAUGCCCGUUGAGGGUCAAUUCCAAUAGUUCCAACAAAGGAUGGCAACUUGUGGGUAAACGUAUCAAAGGUAAGUCAGACGCUAAAUCUAGAUGCGAUGCUUUUUUGCUUUGUACUCCAUUCGGAUCGCUGUAGUAAUAUCGUGAGAACGGUUAAGACAGCGUUUCAAACACACAUAGGAGUAGCACCACAGUGGUUGAGACGCAUUAAGAGAUAAAUGUCAUAUGUAUAGGUUAUAAAAAAGCAAUUGACAGACAAUCCACUGGACACUGUCUCUCAUUCGUCUUUCGAGUUGAACUCGUAUCUUUUGUUUGACACAAAAGACGGCACACAUUAUCUCAUCUCACAUCCCUUUAUCCCUCAAAUUAGCAGUGUAAGCCAACACGAAGUGAUCUAAUAGAGUCAAGAUGAUUACCUUGAAAAAAACGUUCAAUCACCCUCUGAUUUCGCAACCGUUCCUUUCUCUUGGUCUCACGUCCCUGGCCUUGCUACUCUUGGUUCUGGUGUUGUUAAGUGUACCUGGGCCGAUCAAGGGUAUGUACUGGUUCAGUGUGGAAGGUCAUGGCAUAACCGAUGGGCCUCUGAGCGCUGGUGUUCUUGGGUGGUGUUUACAAGGCACGUCAAACUGCACUUAUGCGCCCCUUAGUGAAAACGCAUAUCUUUCCACCUUGAUCAACACCGGUGAAGCACUAACUGUUCGCAUCAUGCUCCCCCUCGCUUGUUACUGGAUGAUCGUCGUGAUGGUCCUCUGGGUCUUGCUCACCGUCCUUGUACCUUUCGGCUACCGUAUUCGAGAUCUCGACAGCAUUACCAGACACCUAAGGUUUGCUAUUGUAGAAGCUUGCGUCCUCUGCGUGAGCCUUUUCGGUAACGUACUCUGUUGGCUGGCUUUUGGAUUGGGAAGGUCCGCAUACUUGAGCGUCCAAAACGGCGGGGGUGACCCUAAAAGUGGUCGUGCUAUGGAAACCACUGCUGUCGCAGCUCUCCUCUCACUUCUCUCCUUGGGUACAGCAAUCAGGGGUCUUGACCUUCGACUUCGGGGUGCGCAAACCCACUGGCGAGAGGAAGCCGUUAUGGUCCGCCGUCGUUCUAUGGCACUCUUGGCUUCUGGCGCAGCCCGUCCAGAGGAUGCUGCCACCUUGGGAGUCACCGGAGAUUUUUGGGAGAGGAAAGAUAGUCAGCGAUGGUCCACCAAUAGUUCAGAUGUCCCUAGCUACACUGCAAACAACGGAGCAUUGCAACAUAGAGAUAAUGAGCUCAAGACUGGCUAUCGGCCAGACAUAGAGAGAGGCGAAGAAGAGGAAAUAGAUGUCAAACUAGAGGAGGCUAAAAGAAAUUCAGUUGAUCAGAUCCGAAGAACAUCGAUCCACGACUCUCCCUAUGAUGUCGCCAACGGAACUGUUCCCCCCCCAAACUAGGCAACGAGAAGCAAACACGCGAAGCAAGGUCAGAUCCUCGUCAACAAACAUUGCUUUUUUACCGGUCGACAUCAACUUGCAAUAGAGAUAAAUGUUAUCUCUGCACUCUCCGAAAUUUGACUUGUGAUGAAGAAUUAUCCUAUGAUCAGUUAUAUAGUUAAUUUCAAAGGAUCAUAGAUACAAUUCAACUUUCCCGGAAGUUUCCAUGGACGGUUUGCAUCAUACGGUCAGUUCCGCAGUGUGCAC